UUAGGGCAAAAGACGCGUUGCGAGGGGAGGGGCGAUCGAUCGAUCGAUCUCGCGGGCGCGGCGAAGAUGAGCUCCAAGAGGUUAGUGGAACAGGUGAUGGAGCUCAAGAUCACAUCCAAGACGCUGGCGCGCCAGGCGCGCAAGUGCGAGAAGGAGGAGAGGGCCGAGAAGCUCAAGGUGAAGAAGGCGAUCGAGAAGGGCAACAUGGACGGCGCCCGGAUCUACGCCGAGAACGCCAUCCGCAAGCGCUCGGAGCAGCUGAAUUACCUGCGCCUCUCCUCGCGCCUCGACGCCGUGGUGGCGCGCCUCGACACCCAGGCCAAGAUGAUGACCAUCAACAAAUCCAUGACCUCGAUCGUCCGCGCGCUCGACACCGCGCUGGCCUCCAACAAUCUCCAGAAGAUCUCCGAGACCAUGGAUCAGUUCGAGCGGCAGUUCGUCAACAUGGAGGUCCAGUCGGAGUUCGUGGAGACCGCCAUGGCCGGGAGCACGUCGCUGUCGACGCCCGAGGAUCAAGUGAACACUCUGAUGCAGCAAGUGGCCGACGACUAUGGAUUGGAGGUGUCGGUGGGAUUGCCCCAGGCCGCCUCCCACACCGUGCCGCCCAUCAAGGAGGCGGCGAUCGAUCAGGCUGACGAGAGCGAUCUUAGCCGCCGGCUCGCGGAGCUCAAGAGCCGGAGCUGAUCGAUUCGCUCGGCCGGUGUGUGUGUCGAUCGAUCGAGCCGAGCGAGCGAGCGGGCGGUCUGUCGAUCAAUCGGUGCCGGGAUGGAUCGAUUGGUGAUUUUCGGGAAGAAAGUAACGGGAAGGAGAAGAAUCAUAUGGCUUGUAAAGAUUCCGUGUGGAAUAUGCUCUUUAAUUUAACCAAGUUAUUAAGUAUGACU